AUGGGGACACAAGAGGAGGAGAUCAAUGCUACACAGCAACAGAAGCGAUGGAAGAAGGCGUUCGCGUGGGCCGCGCAAACGGUGAUCGAGGAGAGCCGCCAGUCCAGCAGCGCGGACGCAGGCAAGCUCACGACCUUCGCGGGUGUGGUGCAGGCAGCCGGCGCCUUCGACCGCAACGGCCGCAUCCACUUGGACUUCAGCGACGACGACGACCGGUACGACAUCUCCGAGCUGCAAGCGCGAGCCAAGCAGCGAGAAGAUGCCUACCUCCGAACGACUCGAGAAAGCUUUAAGGCCGACUAUGAUGUCCCCUCUUUGAGCAUCUGCAUCAUGAUCGUGGGCACCCAGGGAGACGUGCAGCCGUUCGUGGCCAUCGCCAAGAGACUAAUCCAGGACGGCCACCGAGUGCGUCUCGCCACCCACGCUGUAAUCAUCUGCACGUGCAAGAGCAGAACACAACCACACCAUCAGUUGAGUCCGCACGCAGAGAGCCCAAGUCGUCGUCUGCGUACUCACCGGUUGCGCAAGCUCCUGCUCCGGCACGCCUCAGCCAACCACUUCAUGUUUAGGACCGAGCGCUAUGAGGGCGCCCUCGGGUAG